UACAAACAGACAGAGACAAGAGUUCACUGUCCUUUUGUCAAAGCACGGUGACAGUGAAGCUUUGGCUCCCUCUCUUCCUUUCUCUCCAAGCUGGAACUCAUGGCCGAUUCAUCAGAUGUGUGUCCCACUGAGGAUGCUCUUAAGGCAUUCCUAGAAUACUUGGUUGAUCCAGUGCUGCCAGCUAAACCUUCUACACGAGAUAAUUCCCCUUCACCAUCUCAACACCAGUUAGUUGCCAAACAGGUAUAUAUAUCCUCAUUCUUCUCUUUUAUUCUUGUACAAAGAUUAACCUGGGUGAUUUAUUUGGAUACCUGUUUAAGUUUUUUUUUUAAAUGUUUUUAUUCUCUGCUUGGAGGGUUGUUGAGGAUGUUGUGUUAUUAUUGUCUGAAGCAAGUUGUACAAGCAGUUCAUUCUGUUGUGUUACUGUACAACUACUACCACCGAAAACAAUAUCCAGAGCUUGCAUUUCUGUCCUUUGUUGAAUUUUGCAGGUUAGCUUUGGUUCUGAGAUCAACUUUAUCAGUGCAUAUGAAAUCCAUGCUGAAGCCUGAUGAAACUGAGCUUGUGGAGCAGUUGUCAUUAACAGAAGGAUCAGUGGUUGAAAAAGAUGUGGAUACCUUCAGCCGAAGUUCUGAAAUUACAAGUGGAGCCAUACAAAUGUACAAAAAGAGAAGAGCCAUUAAAAAACCUACAAAAAAUGAAUCAAAUUCUGAGGAAGAAGGAAUUUUGCAAAUUGGAUAUUCUGCAGUAAAGAAAGCUGCAGGUAUUAAUAAAACUGAUAUUACGUCUUUGGAAAGCUACACUGUGUAUUCUCAGAGCAAAGCAAAGACAGCUUCACGCUUUUAUAUAAUGAAGUGCUCCCAGUUGAUCAAUCUGGAAUUUAUUCAACCUAUCAAAUCUUUGAUUGAAAGGUUCAUUUCAAUUGCUAUUAUUUUUCCAUUGGCUGAUAGCCUGUAUCUGUGGCAAGCUAGCCUGCACUAUCUUGUUGCUCGAGGUGGUACUCCUGUUCUUGGUUUACUUGGAUAUUUGUCCCUAGACUUUUCAAUAGAAAUAAAUCAGAUUGUUAACAAAAUUUGCACAUGCUUAUGCGCAAUAUUUUAUAUCCCUUCUUUGAAUAGGUUGCUAGGUCCAUUGGUCAAGAGGAGUUCUAGCAGUUGGACAGUCACCUCAGUUGUUGAGUACUUCUAUGUGCUUCUUUAUUCUGAAGUAAUCUUGGAGUGGAUUUCUAGGUUGGUGUAGUUCUCUUUUCCCAUUUGGUAACGCCUGAUUUUGAUUGAUUUGGAUGUAUUUACUCAAUUUUACAUCGUAUAUUCCAUAAGUGAUGCCAUUUUAGUAUUUUUUUUUUUGCUCAGCAAAAAUAAUAUAGUGAAUUAAUUGAG